UCCCAGAGCGGUUACUGUCGCGGGUGAUGACAGAGUGAAAACAAACAUCUCUUGAUCCUGUUUGUGGGUUUAUUUAGAGCGACGUGGCAGGUGAUGAAAGAAAAGUUAUGCGGGGCAGAACUAAUUGUAUACACAGGAAAUGGCACCACAUUUAGCCAGUUCCUUAAUCCUGGUGACACCCAUUUACAUCUCGGGAAGAGCAUUCCACAUUUUACUUCUACAAAAUAAGUCGAGACAGGCCUUGGUUCAUCAGCGGUCGGAGAAGGAGCAUGUUAUAAAGCUACACAGGUUGAUUCGGGCAGUGGACCGUAAACUUCUCGCCAUUUCAGAGGCGGCCGCAGACCACUUUCUGCCUCAGGCUGCGGCUCGAUCUUCCUGGGUUGCUCCCUGGACGCCUCUCCCAUGAGCGGUGCCGUUCCCGGAAGUAUCUGCGGAGGCUCCACGUCUGCCCCAGCCUUCCCCAGAGCAGCCUGUUUGCCCCCAGCAGCCUGUUUCACUCAACCCAGAUCCGGGUUUAUUGAACGACUUUUGUCUGUGAAUUGGUUUGUAUUCAAUUCCAAGUUUUAAACAGCGAGUUACAGAACCCGUUUCCCCAGUAUGAACAUCAUCGCGAUUAACUCAAGGAUAUAAAUGCAAAUGGAAACUGCAGGUUGAUGGACAUGGGGAUGCUGUCCAGAUUGUUUCUGAUAUCCCCCCACAAGAAGAUGAGCCAAUUCCGCUGGCAGCUCUGUCUGGGUUGGUUGAUGAUCCUGAUGCCAGCAUCUUUACACAGUGCAAUUACAACACAAACAACCUCCAUUUUGAAAUCUUCAACAGACAGACAGCAAAAAGAUAUCAUUAGAUUUACUAAUGCAACUGACAUGGUAGUAGCUGACUACAAACUUUCCAUUGAAUAUUUGUGCUCUGAGCUAAGUACUAUUCAUUUUGAGGUGAUAGUUUCAACUGAUGUUAAAAGUGGAGCCAUCAUUUCCAGGAAAAGAUGGAAAUGUGAGAAACGUCUUAACACAUUGAGAACUCGGACUCUGUGGGUGAAAUUUCCAAACAUCAUGUUGUACAGACCUGAUUAUGUGCUUCGACAUUCUAUUGUCAUCAACUAUGUAAUGUUAAGAGCUUGGAUUAUAAAUAAUGGUUUUGGAGCUCGUGAGGGUCACAAUCUGUUUGUUUAUGAACAAGCUACAACUAGAACCUACAAGUUUCUGAAGACAUUAAGCCCUUUUGAAAGGCCUUAUAAAGAUCAUAAAGAAUGCCUUCAGUGGGACACAGAGAAGAUACAGGCAAUUAACGAAAGGAAAGUACUGCAGUGUUUGCUUGACAGUGAUGUUGUUGAACUACUUCGUUUUCCGUUUGCAUCAUCUGGUUUGAAUUUUGGCCUAAUAAGGAAACUAAAAAAAUUUACUAACUUUGAAUUGGAAGUGGCAAGUAGAGAUCUUCUUAAUAAUCCAAGGUUCACUGUGUCCAUCUGGCUUUUUGUGCUUCAUGAUUGUAAAUGGCCUCUCUGUGGGAUCUUCCAUCACAUCAAUGACAAACAGAUCUAUGCCACCCCAUUGCUGUUUCUAACUCAAGAUGGUAAUAUUCACUUUCAGAUGAUGCUGUCCUCAGGAGUAUAUGUUGCAGGAAAGUCAAAUUUCAGAUUGUUAUUGAGACAAUGGUGUCGAUUGGAUUUCAUGUUACAUGACAGAACGAUGACUUUGUCAGUCAGCUAUGGCGAAAAUCUGCAAGGCAGAGAAGACGCAUUUUAUAUCUAUCCUGAAGAUGUUCAUCACAACGAUUCAGUUGGAUACUAUGUUCUUGGAGGCAGCAAUCAUAUACAUGGUUUUGAAGGAUUCAUUGGCCCUGUCAAGAUAUACCGUCUAGGCACCCUAAAAAGUGAAAAGAUUUCAAAUCCUCUUGUAACUGAUCAUGAAAUCCAUAAACAUAUUGAACAGUACUAUAAGAAAUGUAAAUAUCUCACUACACUCAUCAUGAAGUAUUUCCAUAGCCUUGGAUUGCACAAAAAGUUACAACAUUUGAAUCGGAACAACAAUUAUUACUUAGAGUUGGUCACAAAAUAUGGACCAAAAAACUAUGAUGAAGAAAAAUGUACAGCAUAUCCUUGGGGGAAAAGAACUGAGAAGAAAUACAAGACUUUAUUUGAUCUACUUCAGACAAUGGCUUCAGAGCCACUUUUAGACUUCACUCAUUCACCAAAUCUACAAUCUACACUCAUUAAAGUUGGCGAGAAACUUUUUCAGAAGACUUUGGAGAUUCUUGUUCGUCCAGAGAGUGCCCAGCAGAUUGACCACCUGAUCACUUCACUCAUGAAGGCUAGCUGCUGUGGUUACUACAGAGCAGCCUACUUCCUGGCUGUCAUUUUUGAGACUGGCCUAAGUGUGGAAAAGCAACCAUUACAGGGCUUGCUGUAUAGUCUGGUUGCUGCACAAGGAAAUGAGAGACUUGCCUUAAUGCAUCUUGGAUAUAAGCAUGAUCAAGGUAUUGAUGGUUACCCAUUGGACUAUGAUAUGUCGUAUGGUUACUACUCAAACAUUGCAAAACAGACUGUUCAUGAACGGCAUGUGUUUGAUGGAGAACAGGCUUUUGUUGAAACAAUACGGCUAAUGGAUGAUUCAGCUUUACAGAGUCAAACCAAAGAAAAUGAUGACCUCUUUUUAUGGCUCAGGUACCAGGCGAAUCAUGGGGAUGCAUUUGCUCAGCAAAAGCUCGCGAGAAUGCUUUACUGGGGACAACAAGGUGUCACACGUGAUGUGAAAGCUGCUUUAGAAUGGUAUUCUAGAAGUGCAGAAGAAACAAGAGACCCAUUAUCAUUGUACGAGUAUGGACUUUUUCUCUUCAAGGGCAGAGGAGUGAAAAAAAAUACAAAAUUAGGCUUAAAACUGAUCAAUGAAGCUGCUUCUAAGGGAUCACAUGAAGCGCUGAAUGGUUUGGGAUGGUACUAUGAAACCUUUAAGAAGGACUAUGUGAAAGCUGUGGAGUACUGGGAGCAAGCAAUGAAAAUGGGAAAUCUGGAUGCGUCACAUAAUCUUGGAGUGAUGUAUGAAGCUGGACUGUACCCAGGCAAACCUGUGAAAAAUGAGACAGAAGCAUUUCAAUAUUACUAUAAAGCUGGAUCUGGUGGACACUUUGAAAGUAUAAUUCGCUGUUCCUUUUAUUGGAGUACAGGAAACUUUGAGUCUAUUCCACAUAACCCCAGAAUGGCAGUCCUUUGGGCCAGAUUUGUUGCUGAAAACAAUGGAUUUUUGGGUUAUUUCAUGAGAAAAGCUAUGGAUGCCUAUCUUCAGAAAUCCUGGAGUGAAGCCUUGCUGUAUUUCCUCGUGACAGCUGAAACAGGAAUUGAAACAUCACAGACAAAUGUUGCUUAUCUCUGUGAGCAACACCCUGAUCUCACAAACAGCAGUGUUGAUUAUAUGUGGAGAUAUUAUAAUUUGUCAGCAUUUCAACAGACCACACAUCCUUUUGUUUUAAUAAAAAUGGGAGAUUACUACUAUUAUGGUCACAACAACCAUAGAAAAGAUAUCACGCAAGCAAUUGAGAUGUACACUUCUGCUGCUUUAUUGAAUUGUUCCCAAGCAUUUUAUAAUUUGGGUUCACUGGUAGAGGAGGGCGUCCACAUACCAGAAAAAAAUUUAGACCUUCUAAACAUGCAAACGCCAAAGCAUUCCAACAACUCCUCAAUCCUGCUGGAAUUAUAUGGAAGGUGUAUGACAAUAGAUAUGGAAGAGGGUUUUGUCCCGUGCUCCAUGGCUUUGCUUUGUGUCCACCUGAAAAUCAUAUGGAGGAAUAUCUGCUCUGCAGCUUUCUUAUAUACUGCAGGCUCAGUACUCCUAUCAACUUUGAUUGUUUUCGCCGUUAAGCAUUACUGGGACUUGACAGAAAUUAUUUCCACUACAGGUACAGAUGAACAUAUUCCAGCAAUGAAUUCUUCAAGUCAAAAUAUUCAGUCAGAUGAGAUAGUACGAGAAGAAACACAGUUGCCUUUAACUACACCAGAGUAUCUUGAUCCAAAUGAGACUGAUUGAUGGAGUAACAGCAAUGUAGGCAGAUUAAUUUGUUCAUGUUGAAAAGAAAUUCUUAUGUAAUUACUUACAUCAUUCCUUUAUUAGGAAUAUUUCUAUAUAUUGCAGAGAAUGACAUAGUAUCUACAGCAAGAAAACAGGCCAUUUAGCCCAGUCUGUCAAUGCCAAAGUUUAUGCUUCAUACAAACUACACUCCAUCCUCCUUUAUCUACCAAGAAGCAUACCUUUCUCCUCACUUUUUCUUUCAUAUAAUUAUGCAGCAUCCUCCAAAUAUAUCUUUGCUAUUUGCCUGAACUACUCCAUUUGGUAGCAUGUUCUAAUUUCUAUCGACUCUCUUGGGAAAGAGAUUUCUUUAGAAUUAUUUGGUGGAUUUAUUGAUGAUUAUCUCAUAUAUAUGACUCCAUAUUUUGGAUCCUUGCACAAGUAGAAACACACUCUCUGCAUCAUCCCCACUAAACCUCUUAGUUAAUUCGACUGUACCAGGUCACCCCUCGGUCUUCAGAGCCCAGUGUGCCUUGUCUUUCCAAGCAAUUACAACCUCUCAGUUCUGGUAUGUUCUUGUAAUUUUUUUUUUACAUUUUUUGCCAAUAUAUUUACUUCUUUUUUACAAUGUGCACCAAAACAAUGCUCAGCAUUCCAAGUGUUAUCUAACUAACGUUCUUUGUAGAUUUAACAGAGCUUCUCCACUUUUCAAUGCCAGCACUGUACAAGCCCAGAUUCAUGUCUCGUUUGCAUUGUUAUGGAUGUGUUUGCCUGCAUUGCUACUUUAAACAAUUUGUGACUCUGAAAUUCUGGAUUCAGUCUCUUCCAUUUAGAUAUUGAUAUGAAGAUAGAAUGUAGAUGGAUUAACCUUUUAAAAUUUAUUUCCAUCUGGUAAAUCACUAUGACUGAGUUCAUUAACAUAAAAGUAGAUUGUAUAAAGUAUACUGCACCCAUUAUGUAAGUAUUGAUUACUUUAUACGUCUAAUUGAAAUAAAUUACGUGGUCAGAUCAGUAAAUGUAAAUGAUUGUUAAGUAGGUCUAAGCCAAGUAAGGAACAUGGUAAAUGCAGUCUAAAUCAAAGACCAGUUACCAUUAUUUCCUCUUGAAUUAAUUAUUUUGAGGCAAUCACUGUUGACAAUCCAGUUGCCCAUUAAAGAAAGGUAAUUUCUCCAUGCUAAAUUUUUCUUUGAAUUUUGCUCAUUAAGCAUAAUAUUUGUGUUGGUUGUUGUGAACUUGGCCAUCAAUUUAAGAAAAAAUUCUCCACACCUAGCUAAAAUGAUGCUGAUUGUGAAUGAUACUGAUUCUGAUGUGUGCAGAAUAUGAAUUUCAAUCUGUUUGUUGUGAACUUUCUAGCUGUACAAGAAUUUGUGCAGGUAUGGAAAGUGAGUGGCAUUUAUUUAACUGAAGAAAAUAUAUAAAAAUGAUUUAAGAUUUGCAAAUGACACAUUCUGUAUUUUAGUAUGGGUGAUCUUGACUUUAUAUUGACACAAGUUGAUACAACAAAUUUCAAGUGAAGCUCUUGAGCUUGAAUUCAAGAAUUGUCUGAAAGCUUUGCUUGUCAGAAUGAUAGUGAGCAGUGUGAAGCAUUCUUUUUGCACUUUUCAACCUUUUUAAUGUAGCAAUGAACGAAUAUUCCAGUUAUCCUGUUAGGGAUCUUGUGGUUUUGUAAUUGAUGGUAGAUAGAUAGUUAUAUUUUAUGCAUUAAUUUUAUACAACGACAAAUUGAAGUGCAGCUCUUUAAUUGAUCCAAUCAAGACUACUUCGAAUAAAUAUUACGUGUAAUUUUAUUCCAUUUGUUGAUAAAUAUUGUUCAUGUGGAGGUAUUUUGUUUCCCUGGAAUUGUUAAUUUCAAACAUUUCUCAAG